GAUUAAACUGAUGAAAACAUUUUGUCUUUACAGUGAUGCACUCUUAUAAGUUUUUCUACACGGCGUCUUCUGAAGUCCCAAACUUCCCAGAGUUUGUGAUUGUUGGGAUGGUUGAUGAUAUUCAGGCAGGAUACUACGACAGUAACAUCAAGAGAGUAGAACUCAAACAGGACUGGAUGAAGAAAGUCACAGAAGACGAAGCUGAAUACUGGGAGUGGCUCACUGAGAGAGCUGUGGAUCACCAGCAGUGGUUCAAAGUCACCCUUGACAUUUUAAAGCGGCGCUUCAACCAAACUGGAGGUGUUCACAUUGUCCAGAUGAUGGUAGGCUGUGAGUGGGAUGAUGAGACUGGUGAGGUUAAUGGUUAUGAUCAGUAUGGUUAUGAUGGAGAAGACUUCAUAGCUCUGGACAUGAAGACAUGGACGUGGGUCGCUCCACAACAACAGGCUGUCUUCAUCAAACAGGAGUGGGAUAAAGACAAAGCUCGAAUAGAGUAUCAUAAGAACUACCUCACCAAGGAUUGCGUUGACUGGCUGAAGAAGUUUGUGAACUAUGGGAGGAGCUCUCUGAUGAGAACAGACCUCCCCACAGUGUCUCUCCUCCAGAAGACUCCCUCUUCUCGGGUCACCUGCCACGCUACAGGUUUCUACCCCAACAGAGCCAUGAUGUUCUGGAGGAAAGAUGGAGAGGAGCUUCACGAGGACGUGGACAAGGGAGAGAUCCUCCCCAACCACGACGGCUCCUUCCAGAUCAGCGCUGACCUUCAACUGCCCUCUGAUGACUGGGGGAAGUACGACUGUGUGUUUCAUCUCUCUGGUGUGAAGGAGGACAUCGUCACCAAACUGGACAAACGAGAGAUCAAGACCAACUACGUGAAUCCCAUGAACACCGUCAUCCCCAUCAUCGCCAUCAUCGCUGCACUCGUUCUUCUCGGCCUCGCUGUCAUUGGAUACAAGAAAUACAGAGGCAGAAGGAGGAGGCUGGUGUAGACGGAGCACUG